UAUAGCUUACUAUAUUACUAUAUAUUUUUGCGGUAAUCAGACACGGUCAUACAAAUCCCACAAUAUAAUGUUAAAUUAAUCAUAUUUAUACUUAUCUACAUAUAAGUAAAGCGAAAUAUUCGAUUGCCCCUCGAAGUAAACAACCCAGGUGCUCAAACAUGAAGCUAACAAUGUUAGAUUAAGCUGUGUCUACAAAUUAUCUCGAAGCACACGAAUUUCUCGUCAUCGAACUCAAACUGCCCAACUCGAAAAAUCAACAAUAUAUUUGCAUCGGGCCAAAAGUGCAUUAAAAUCGGAGCCUCAAGUCUCGGGCGGCAGCUUCAAAAAACAGAUAAAAUUAAGCUUAAUAAGCAACAGCAUCAAACACUUCGACACCCACUCGAAAAAAAGCUAAAGACAUUCCAAAAAACUAGCCACCAAAGCGGCUAAAACAAAAAUAAAAAAAAAGAACCUAAACCCAAAACGAAACAGUAGGCAGAUAUCCAACCAUCUUUGGUGACAAACACUUGACCGGCUUUUUGGAGGGCGACAGGUUUAAAUCAAAUCUGGAGCAGCCGCAGGAUAUGGAAGUUGAUGCGCCAACAGCGCAGGAAACCAGUGACACUCAUCGGCAGACCCAGAAUUACCAUCACCAUAGUACUCAUCACCAGCAGCUGCAUCAGAUCUCGCCCAGCGAUUACCACUCGGAGGCAUCCAUGAAUUUUGAUCACUUGCAAGACCUGGGGGCCAGUGCCAUGGCCUCCUCAUCCGCGGCUGGAUCCGGAGGUGGUGGCAAUGGUGGAAACAGCUACGGACUCGUCGACGAUAGUAGAGCUCUGGACAGACCAUUUAAUACCAGCGAGAGAUUUGUCACCAUACUGGAUAAUUUGGAUGCACGUGUGGAGAAGCUGCGCAAGGAUGCACUCAACUUGCAGGAGAAGAAAGACUACCUUCUGAUGUCCAUGGAUCUGAUUAAGAGCAACGAAAUGAUGCAGAACAUGAGCGAGGCUGAACGAGAGGAGAUCAUUUUGUACAUACAGCGGGUGAGCUCUCGCUUGGCCACUGUGGAGCUGAAUGUGCGCACUGUUCGGGACAACUCUCAGGAGGAUUCCCUCAGCCAGAUAAAUGUAUUGAUCGACAGCAUGAUCAAGAUGGGUGAUCCCGUGAUCGGACGCCAACGAUGCCAGUUGUACUUAAACGCCUGCUGCAGCAGCUCAAUGGAUCCAUCCGGACACAUGGACACCGUGCACGAGGCCGAUGUUGGGCCCAUCGACAAGAAGUUCGAGAGCGUUCUGCUUGGCUGCACUCUGGACGAUCAGAAGAACAUUAAGAAGCGGCUCCAGGCCCUAAUGGCCUAUCUGAAUAAGCAAACUGUUAGCCAUUAAUUUAAUUGUUUUUGGUCUAUUAACUAUUCAUAGCAUUAUUAUCAAACCAAACGAAAUACAUCACCAAGCCAGAUGAAACGAAUAAUAAAGAAAGCAGCAUAUACACCAG